AUGUCUUCAUCUGUUCUGACUUCUGCUCAUAUUCCUGAUCAGACGGAUCAUGAAAAUUUUGAUGAUAUCAUACAAGAGCGUAUUAUCAAUCUUACCGAGUCUCAAUCACAAUCUCCAAUCAUCCAUCCUAUUUCUCAACCAUUUGCCAAUACAACUCUUCUGAUGCAAACGAUUCAUACCACUCUAAUUUUUCAUGAAUCAACCACUCCGGUUCAAACUAUUAUUGUCAACACAGAAGAACAUCAUUAUGAAGAUAAUGAUGAGUUCUUUGUUCAAGAGUAUGAUCUUGAGACUAUUGCUGUUUUUCAAAGUUUUGUUGAACCUGUUCUUGCUGCAUCAUUACUUGAUGAUGAGAGUGAUCUUGAUGAUGAAACUGCUAUUGCUCCUGCUUCGAGAAGAUAUUAUCAAAUGCUCAAUCGAAAGCUUAAUGCUUUCAUUCGACGAACUGAUUCAUUCUCUCCAACUAACUUUUAG